AUGCUCCCGCCGCGGCGCUCCCGGGUGCACAAGAACACCCCAGUUCCUGUAUCUGCGCCUCGUCCCCUUGCUGUCCAGAUCAGAUUCCAUACGGAUCCCCAACUCUCGUCUAGGCCUUGCGUAAACGCGAUCGGAGGCUCUUCAACGUCUCGUAAAGCCACUAGUUCGGCCCCGGCCCUCCUGAGAGGACAACAGCAAGACCCGGUGCCUCUAGCCAGCAACUUGGCAGUGGACUUGGCGUUGACCUACGUUCUGGAGAUAAGCACGUCCCCGUGGCCUGAACGCGUAAUGUGCGCCAAGCGCUAUUUGUACAACAGUGAUCUGUCACAGUUAGCUAUGACAUCGCGCGCAGCAGGGCCGAGCGGUCAAAUUCGAGGCCCCAUGGAUAGCGUUGUGUAUCUUGCGUUCGACCUACAGGUUCCGAAUGUCGAAGAAUGGAUCACAGGACAUCGCGCGACUCUACUGGGGAGUGCCCAGCUCUAUUCAUGGGUAGCGUUGCUCAAGUUCUGUGAGCGACAAGACUGCAGUCAACAAAACGAGGAUGAGAUUGCUGGCGGACAAGGACACGAGAUCAACCCAAGAGAAGGAGAGUGUGAUUGCGGAGGCAAUGGCGCGGAAGUUAGGACGACGUCUGACCGUGUAUGGAUUGCAGGCAUCGAGCGACCGUGGUAGAGGGUAUAGUGUAGACAUCCGGCGUGGAUUUUCGGGGAGGGUGGUGAUGAGCGGUGGUGUACAAACAAGAUUGCAGAUAGGAAUAGAUAGAGACCGUUGAGACGUUGAAGUCGACCGGUGACUUGAACAGCU